GCUGGUCAUUACUCGCGAGAAGAACGUCGAGCAUGGGUAUGGACACGCCGACGUUCAUCAUCCUCGUGUCCUUGGCAGGCGUCGCCGGCGUCCUCCUCACGGGCUACUGCCUGCGCAAGUACGAGGACAUGCAGGGCAACCUCGACGGGCUCAUCUUUGCGCCGUCGGACGAGCCACUAUUGCGCGAAAACUUGAAGGAUAGCUUUCUCGAAGAGGGCCGCUUCGAGUGGCAGUGCGUCGUCUGCGCGCACCUCAACCACCCGGACAAGGCGACGUGCUCGCUCUGCGGCGCCACCGAAGUCAUGAUCAACGACCUCAAGUGCUCGAACCUCACGGUGCUCUCGUCCAACCGAACGCUCAAGACGCUUGGCUCGACCGUGCUCCUCGUCUCGGCGCCGUCGGUCGAUGGCUUUGUCGAAGAAGACGGAGGCGUCAACACGGGUGAUGACCGCACCUUGACGACGAGCCUGCCCGAGUCGCGCCAGCGCGCGCUGCGGUACCGCCGCCACAACAUGCAGCUCAACCAGCGCCAGCGCCAAGCCAAGCGUCGUCGUCUCUGGCAGCGCGCGCACCUCGCCAAUGGCAACUACGUCUGGGUGCGCACGUCGACGUUCAUCAACACGGACGGCAACCUCGACGACACCUUUCUGCAGUCGAUCGCCAACAAGCCACGUGGCAGCACGGGCGCGCUCCCGACGUCGCUCCAGGAAAUGCUGCACCGCAAGAACGCCGCGUCCAUGGGCUUUGUCACGCAAACCAACCGCGAGACGGGGACGCUCAUGUGGAAAAAGGCCAACUCGCACACGGGUGCGACGAUAGUUAUCUGCGCGUCCCUCACGAAACGAGUAGGUGGCUACCACGACGACGAUCUCAUGUGUUUGGAGGACGGCUUUGCGUGCGACCUCGAAGGCCUCAUGGCGCUCCCCUUCAGCCAAAAGAAAACGUGGUUUGUGAAAAAGCUAGCGCGCCUCGCCGUGCCGUACCAUGAAGCCUGCCACUCGAUCCUCGUGCGCCGGCAGUUUGUCUUGGAAGACUCGGUCGCGCAUUUCUCGGCGGCGGCCGACCGUGGUCGCUUCCACGAGCAUCUCCAAGUGACCUUUGAAGGCGAAGCCGCGCUGGAUGCCGGCGGCGUUCUGCGCGAAUGGUUUGGGCUCGUGUGCGCCGAGCUCUUCUCGGGCCCGCUCGGUCUCUUCUCGACGACGCACGCCGAGAACCAAAGCUACUGGAUCAACCCCGCGUCCAAGCUGGCCCUUGGCAAGUACCAUUUACACUACUUUCGGUUCGCGGGCUGGGUCCUUGGCCACGGCAUCCUUGAGGGCUUGGUGCUCGACGCGUACCUCGCUCUGCCGCUCCUCAAGCACAUCCUCGGCGUGCCGAUUCAGCUGUACCGCAACUGCCUCUGGGUCCGCGACAACGCCGGCGUCGACGCGCUCGCACUCACCUUUAGCAUCCAAAGUGCGUAUGGCGGCGAAGUCGACUUGAAGGAGAAUGGCCGCCACGUGGAAGUCAACGACGCCAACAAGCUCGAGUACCUCAACCUCGUGCUCGAGUACAAGAUGCUCGGCAGCAUCUCGGAGCCGCUGCAGGAGCUCCUCACGGGUCUCUACGACAUCAUUCCCCGCGCGAUGCUCAGUGUCUUUGACUAUCAAGAGCUCGAGUUUUACAUGUGUGGGGUACCCAGCAUUAGCGUCGAGGACUGGAAGAAGAACUCGGCCGUGCGCCACAUCCCUGGCGCGUCGCGCGUCAAGCAAAACGAAGUCCUCGAAUGGUUUUGGGGCGUCGUCGAAAGCUUUAGCGACGAAGAGCGCGGUCGACUGCUUCAGUUUGCAACGGGGUCGAGUCGGCUCCCCGUCGAGGGUUUCAAGGGCCUCACGAGCUUUAGCGGCCAGAUCCACAAGUUUACCAUUCAAGUGGUUCAGCGAGGCCACCCGCCCGCGGGUCUCUGCCCCAAAGCCCACACGUGCUUCAACCGCAUCGACUUGCCAUUGUACAAGGACCGCACCGAGCUCGAAAACUACCUGAGCCUUGUGAUUCAAAUGGAGAUUACCGGGUUCAGCUUGGAGUAA